AUGUCUGCAGAAGAAGGCAUAAAAGCAGACGUCUUGCCCUUUGGUUUCUUGGAAUCAUCUUUAGCCACCUUGACUGUAUUGUUCACUAGUCUGAGCAGCUCAGGGCAUGGUACGUGGCUCAGUGCGCUCCAGUCUUGUGCUAGCUACCUCCAUGAGAUGAAAGAUUAUGGACCAGUUAAAGGAGGCAAGAAGAAGGACCUGAAUGCACCCAAAAGAACUCUGUCUGGAUUUUUCUUAUUCUGCUCCAAAUUCUGCCCCAAGAUCAAAUCCACAAACUGUAGCAUCUCAUUUGGAGAUGUGGUAAAAAAGCUCGGUGAGAUGUGGAAUAACUUAAGUCACAGUGAAAAGCCAGCUUACAUUACCAAGUCAGCAAAGCUGAGGGCGAAGUAUGAGAAGGAUGCUGCUAACUACAAGUCUGAAGGGAAGUUUGAUGAUGCCAAGGGUCCUGCUAAUGCUGCCCAGAAAAAGGUGGAAGCAGAGGAGGAGGAGAAAUAG